UGGCUUCUGCAGCCUUUAUCCAGACGACAAGAAUCGACGUCGUUGCGUUUGCAGUUGCACACACCUCAUUUUGAUUCUCUCCCUUUUGUCAAUCCCUAUUCUCCUUCCACAUUUCUCUCCAUCUCUUCUUUGAUUUCGUAUCACUCCUCGCCUAUUUUUGGGAAUUUCUUAAAAAUUUGAAAAAUUAAACUAAAAAUAGGAGCAGAUUACCGAUUGCGAUGCAAAGGGCUGUUGACACUGUUCUAGCUGUAACAAAAGAGUCGGUAAAGACGUUCACCUAUGAAUCUCUGCACAAUAUUGUAAGACUGAUAAAUGGAGUGUCAGCACUUUUAUUGUCUAUUUUGCCUGGGAAGGCUUCCAUUCUUGAAGGCAUUCAUGGUUGGGAGCUUAGGCCAACUUUCCGUGGACCUCGACUUCCUCGUUGGAUGGAAAAUGGCGUAUCGUCUUUCAAUCAAUUCAUUCAUGAAUUUUCUGUUGAUUCUGACACGUCCUCAAGUGUUGAUUAUUCAUCCGAUGGAGAAGAUUGUGAUAUUUAUCCUCCGUCUCCUCUGUCACAAAGUUCCCGAUUCUCACGAGAAAGUAGUUUUACGAAACAGAAUAGAAGUUGGAUAUGGUGGAUAGGAUGUAUAAUCUCAUGGGCUUUGUUUCCCGUGAAAUUACUUUUUGCCCUGCCACUAUAUAUCAUUAAUUCAGCUUUGCCUUCUUCUAAUGCCCCGAGGAGUUCAGGAAACAAUCCUUCAGUUGCACAAUCUCCUAGAAGACUGCAAAGUCUAAAGGAUCAUUUUGUUCAACGGGCCACUGAUCGCAGACAUGGCGUCGUUGAGGAUCUCCACCUAGCAAUUGAGUUUUCUAUAGAAUCUGCAUUUGAUUAUGUUCACAAGGUGGCCCAUAGCAUUCUAUCUCCAGCAGAUACCUUGGGAAGUGUAUGCCGGUGGUUCUUAUCCAAACUCAGUUUUCAAAACGACAUUCCUUCUGAGGAUUUUGUCUCUUCUUGCCCCACUACUGUUCUGUCAGAUAAGGAUCCAGCUCCUUCAGAAAGGAAAUCAUCUUUCAACCUCAAUACAGAUGCCAGGACAUGUCAAGAUGUCAUAACGGAGCUUGGGUAUCCUUAUGAAGCUAUCCGUGUAGUUACAACUGAUGGCUAUGUACUUCUUCUGGAAAGAAUUCCAAGGAGAGAUUCACGAAAAGUUGUCUAUCUGCAGCAUGGAAUAUUAGAUUCAUCUAUGGGUUGGGUGUCAAAUGGUGUUGUCGGUUCUCCUGCUUUUGCAGCCUAUGAUCAAGGUUAUGAUGUUUUUCUUGGAAAUUUACGGGGAUUGGUUUCAAGAGAACAUAUUGACAAGAAUAUCUCAUCACGGCAAUAUUGGAAUUACUCGAUUAAUGAGCAUGGGACUCAAGAUAUACCAGCAAUGGUAGAGAAGAUACACGACAUUAAGAUUUCUGAAUUGAAGUCUAACCAAUCUGAUCCCGAGGAAGAAAGUAACAACGAUCAACCUUACAAGCUUUGUGCAAUUUGUCACAGCCUAGGAGGAGCUGCCAUUCUGAUAUAUGCUAUAACUCGUCGGAUAGAGGAAAAGCCCCAUAGACUGUCCAGAAUGAUCCUACUCUCACCAGCUGGCUUUCACCAUGAUUCUACAGUUGUAUUCACAGUAUCGGAGUUCCUGUUUUUUCUGCUUGCUCCUCUAUUAGCACCUAUCUUGCCAGCCUUCUACAUUCCCACUAGGUUUUUCCGUAUGCUGCUAAAUAAGUUGGCUCGCGACUUCCACAACUUACCUGCCGUCGGGGGACUGGUACAGACACUCAUGAGUUACGUCGUGGGUGGGGACAGCUCAAACUGGGUAGGGGUUUUAGGUCUACCACACUACAAUAUGAACGACAUGCCAGGCGUCGCCUUCCGGGUGGCACUGCAUCUGGCGCAGAUGAAGCGCUCCAAGAAGUUUGCAAUGUUCGACUAUGGCAGUCCCGCUGCGAAUAUGGAGGUGUAUGGUUCCCCAGAGCCGUUGGACCUGGGGGAGUACUACAGCUUGAUCGAUAUCCCCGUCGAUCUCGUGGCCGGGAGGAAGGACAGGGUGAUCAAGCCAUCCAUGGUGAGGAACCACUACAAGUUGAUGAAGGAUGCAGGAGUGGAGGUUUCCUUCAGUGAGUUUGAGUACGCGCACCUGGACUUCACGUUCUCUCACUGCGAGGAGCUCUUGUCCUACGUGAUGUCGCGUCUGCUGCUGGUGGGCCCGCCCUCAAAACAGAUGCAGAGGCCUAAAUCUGUCAAGGGGAAGAGAAAAGAUCUGCAGGUGAAAACAGGCAAAUGAACAGGUGAGAGCUGGUUUUUCGAAGCGAUUUCUGUAUGAAAUGUUCGAUGGUCAACCUAUGUAAAUACAUAGAGAGAGACUAGUUUUAGGAGUGGUUGGUGGUGUUGUGAGAGAAAUGUGAAGCCAUCUUAGGUCUUCAGUAUACCCUUGUCUACUUUUUUUCUUCUCAAACUUUUUUUCUGGGAUUAGAGGAGUUAGGGACUGGGUUUGGUGUGGACCUAUCAGCAAGCACCUCUAGUUUGUGUACUAUCAUGUCAAGUGUGUUGUCUCAUGUAUGUAACUUUAAAGCUCCGAAUUUUCAUUAGAUGAUGUUCAAGUUGUGCAA